AUGUCAACGUUCAAAAAAGUCAUCCUCAUUGGUGCCACGGGCUCCAUAGGUAGCGUCGUUCUGGCUGCUCUGGAGAAGGAGCCUAGCUUCAACAUUACCCUGAUACAACACGAGCUGAUUCCUGCAUUUCAAGGCCACGAUGUUGUCAUCAACUGCAUGACCUCGUUCUCGGUGGCUGAUCAGUUUCGCAUUAUUGACGCUGCUAUCGCGGCCGGUAUACGUCGCUAUGUGCCUAGCGAGUAUGGUCUCAAUUACAUGAGACACGACGCCCAAGCACUAAACCAAGUCUUUAAUGACAAGGGUAAGAUUCAAGAAUACCUCCGAGCCAAGGCUCAAGCAGGAGUUAUUGAGUGGAUGAGCAUAGCGUGUGGCAUGUGGAUUCGCUGGUCUAUGGCAAAUGACUUCCUCGGCAUGCACAUUGGUGAGCGGCGAUUUGUCUUUUGGGAUGACGGCGAAGGAUAUUUCUCUUGUACUACCGAAGAGAACUCAGCUCAGGGCUUAGUUAAAGCUUUGCUUGCCGCUGGUACUGAUCGCGAUGUUUACAAGAAUACUGUCAUCUAUCUCAGCGACUUUGCUAUUACUCAAAAGCAGCUACUGGAAGCCAUCGAGCGCAUCCAAGGUGUCAAGUACACAACGGAAAGCAUCGAUAGCUCCAACUUGAUUGCGGAAAAGCAGGCUGCUGUGGCUGCUGGAGAUGUCAAGGCCACCUUUGCCCUUAUAGAGACUGGAUUUGUCACUGGACGUUAUGGUGGUCACCUCGAGAAAGAGGGCGAGAUCCAGAAUGACAAGCUUCAUUUGCCCAAAAACACGCUGGAUGAGGUGGUCGAGGCUGCUUUGAAAGCAUACGGUGCUAUUUGA